GAAAAUCUUUAUCCAAAUUACCAUAAUUGCCACUACCCAACAAAGUCGCCAUUCACCUGAGCCUCCAUCGUCACCUCUCUCAGCUCCGCCGUGCACCACCAUAACGUAACCCCAAUUCACAGAAGUUAAUGGGAGUGAUCAAGGAUGGCACAAUCUCUGGGGUUCUUCCCGACACUCGAGGAUUUUUGGUGCACUAUCCUGGUUAUCCAUCAUCUGUUACUCGAGCUUUAGAUACUCUUGGUGGAAUUCAAGGCAUCCUUAAGGCUCGCAGUUCAGAAUCAAACAAACUGGAGCUCCAUUUUCGCCCUGAAGACCCAUAUUCGCAUCCUACAUUUGGGGAACUUCAGCCCUCAAACAAUUUUCUUCUCAAAAUAUCUAAGAGAAAACCACAUGAUACUCAUGAUGCCAAAGAUGAUAACAGCAUGUCCAGAAAUAGAACGGAAAAUGGGAUUCAAGAAAACCAACCAGAAAGCGACCAAAUGGCUACCAAUAAUAAAGCUGAGGACUGUACAUCUGCAAAUGAAGAGGGCAAUCUUUGUGCUGAUAUUGUUUCUCAUUUUCCUAAAGCAUAUUGUUUUAAUGGAAUGGCAGACUAUCAACAUGUAGUUCCUGUUCAUGCGGAUGUUGCCAGGAGGAAAAAGAGAAAUUGGGCAGAAGUAGAAGAGCCAGAUUUUGAUAAGGGAGGUCUCAUGGAUGUGGAUCAUGAGGAUGUCAUGAUCAUAGCUCCUCCUCUUUUUUCUCCAAAAGAUAUGCCAAAAGAUCUAGUCUUGAAACCACCUGCCAUAUUGAGUUCAAAACUAGGACAAGAGGAAGUUGUGCCAAAUCAUGUUGAGAUCCAUAGCAGCAAAAAUUACUCACCGCCAUGUGUGCAGAUGGACAUGGAGCAAGUCCUUGCACUUGAUUUUGACAUUAAAGAGAUUCCUAAGAUAGUUAAUUGGGAGGAAUAUGUACCACAAGGUUCGAAUCAGCGGGAAUCACAAAUGGCUGUAUCUAGAUUGUUUGAUGAACGGCCUAUAUGGUCCAAAAAUGCUCUUACUGAACGCUUGCUUGAUAUCGGCUUAAGAUUUACACAUAGCAAGCUUAGAAGGCUUUUGUCUAGAAUUUCCUACUACUUUUCCAAUGGACCAUUUCUAAGGUUCUGGAUCAAGAAAGGAUAUGAUCCACGCAAAGAUCCUGAUUCUCGCAUUUAUCAAAGGAUUGAAUAUCGAAUUCCAAUCCCAUUACGAAGUCACUUUCAUGCUCAACUAGCCAAUAGGCUAAAACCUAGAUGGGAAGAUAUAUGCACCUUUCGAGCAUUCCCUUACAAGCUGCAGACAUCUUUACAGUUAUUCGAGCUUGUUGAUGAUUAUAUUCAAUCAGAAAUAAAUAAGCCUCCAUCACAGGCAUCUUGCACUUUUGCAACGGGGUGGUUGUCACAGCACAUGCUAAAUUGUAUUAGAGAACGUCUUACGGUGCGGUUCCUACCAGUAUUCCCUAAGCCUGGCACCGAGAAUUUACUCAGAGCUGCCACUCUAAGGUUUGAAAAAUUGAAGAGGGAAUGCAGUAGGAAUGCCUUGAAGCUAAAAGGAGAGGAAGCACACAAAGCUAAUUUAGAAACGGAAGAAAAUGAUGAACCUGAGAAUGUUGAAGAGGAUGAAGAGGAGGCAGCCGGGGGUAAUAAUAGCGAAGAGGAAUUGGAUGCUGAUGAAGAACUUGAUAUGGAUGGAGAUAGUGAAAUGCUUGUGCCGCCUCAUUCUUAUCUCAACAUGGAAAAUAUUUCAAGGACUCAUUUACAGGAUCUUUUCGGUAGCUUUCCCUUUAAUGAGGUUGAUAACAACAGGGCGCAAGAAGAUGAUAUUGAUGAUGAAUAUCAAAUAUACGAGGAAGACAGCGAAGGCGAUUACUCCGAUGAAUGAGUGCUCAAAAUUCAGAUUUUUUAGAUACACACUUAGCUAGAUCUUUUCUUUGGAUUGUGAUUUAUCUAUAUUGUUAACUUUGUUGCUGAAAAUUUUGCUGUUUAGAGGAGCAUCAAUGUUUGUUGAGUUACAAUUUAAGGUCAAUAUUUAUCCCCAAAUUGUUGAAUAAAAGAAACUAAAUUAGAUUUAUAGGAAAAACAAUGACAAAUUUGUAUAAACUAGCGUAGUUAUGUUUGAUUUGAUGGAAAGUGAUUGAAUA